UGUUGUGAGUCUAUUGUUUCCUCGUCCGGGUUUUGGUCGAAGUGUUGACAGUAAAGUCUAAUAAUUUGUAGCGCUAACACGUAACAAUGCCGACAAAUCCAGUAUUUGAUGUGGCAAAGUGCCCGUUGAAUAGCGUUGUUGUCUAUCAGGAUCGCGCUGAGGUUUGCAGGGUUGUAAAGGCCACGUUAAAGACCGGUAGCAACGAAGUGGUCGUGAAAAACUUCUCAGCCGGCGUUGACAAGGAUUCGUUUCGCGUUGAAGGCAAGGGUGCUGCUGUUAUCAAUGAGGUGACAUACAAGGAAGAGCGCGUGACAGAUCAAGACAGUGACACCGAUGAAAAGAUCAAGACUAGUAGAGAGACCAUAAGACAGCUCGAGAAGACCCUUCAGUCUCAACAGCAACGGGAGCAGCGGCUUGUUUCGCAGAAGGAAUCUCUGAAUGCACUUCUUACCACCGUCACAAAAGCCGAGAGCAAGAAAGGACAGCAGUGGGUCGGGGAUGAGGCAUGGAUCGGAGGGAUCGAAUCCUUCCUACGGAUGUAUGAUGAGAAGAUGUCACAGCUUGACUCACAGCUGGAAGAGGUUACUGAGCAUGUAAAUGACACGAAAGAAAAAUUGGAGGUGGAACGUCAGAAUUUGAACACUAAGUGUCAUGGCGAUUACUCUUUCUCCAGGGAGGUGUUGGUGCUCCUGGAAGCAACUGAGGACACUGAGGUAGAGUUGCAUGUGUCCUAUGUUGUCUUCGGUGCUUCUUGGACCCCCAAAUAUGAUGUCCGCGUCUUUACCACCGACAGCAAGCUAAAGCUGACGUACUAUGGCGUGAUAACUCAGUCUACGGAGGAAGACUGGACAGAUGCGAAGCUGUCGCUUUCCACAGCCAUGCCCAGUGUCGGGGGAUCCGUGGACCCAUUAGAAACGCACGAACUUCGCUUGUACAGUCCCCCGCCAGCACCGCCACGAAAGCGAUUCAGCGUGAUUCCUACUUUCGGAUCUUCUGUUGAACGCUCAAGUCUGAGUGUUGUUAAAGUCAUUGAGAAGAAAAUCGAGAGAGAAAGGGACAGGAGGCAGUUACAGCAAGAGUUGGAAGUGGCUAGUGCAGAGGUAACAGAGGGUGUGACCAGCACUACAUUUGAAAUUGCUAGACCGUCAACUAUCCCAUGUGACAACACCGGGCACAAGGUUACAAUUGGACUGAUUGACCUUGAGCCGACAUUUGAGUACGUGUGCAUACCUAAGCAUUCGCCACACGCAUUCUACAAGGCUAGAGUGAAGAACACCUCGGUCUAUGCAUUGCUGGCAGGGCCAAGCAACAUCUUCCUGGAUAACAAUUUCAUCGCAAAGUCACAACUGAAGUCAGUGAGUCCUUCUGAGGAAUUCACCUGCUUCCUGGGAGUGGAUCCAGCGAUUAGAAUCACUUAUCCUCCUGAACACAAGUUCCAUGCUAAACAUGGUGUCUUCACCAAGGUGUCGCACGUGACCCAUCAGCAGGACGUUACUGUGAAGAAUACGCGUGAGCAAGCGAUCAACAUCACAGUGGAAGAGCAGCUGCCGCGCAGUGUCGAGGAAAAAAUAAAGGUGACACUACUAGAGCCAGUGCUUCCCAGGGAAAACAGGAAGGCAGAGGAUACCAAACCACCAGUGAGGCAAAACAAAAACAACAAUAUUGAGUGGGAGAGAACAGUUAAGCCCGGAGAAGCUGAAACCUUUACACUGAAGUAUGCUGUGGAGUAUCCAGCAGCUAGUAAGCUGGACUCUGUAUUCCACACCGCAGAAUUCGGAGAUGACUAAGUACGAAAAUAAAGCAGACUUUAAAUCAGACCUGCUAAUAAACAAAAUAUGAAUAAAAUAAAAAAAAUCAAUUAGAUCUGCAAGCUAUAGCUUAUUGUUCUGCUCAUAGCUUAUUGAUCUGCUCAUAGCUCAUUGAUCUGCUCUUAGCUCAUUGAUCUGCAUGGAAUGAUUGACAUGUAGAGUUUGUCAAUCAGAAUAGUGAUUAGGGCAUUCCAAAAACGUUGCUUCGCAAGAAACGUUCCACAAUGUUAACAAUGUGGGUAUGAACAUGAAAAAAACACGUAUAAACAUUAUUUAAGAGUCUCAUGGUUAUCUUGCUUAGAAUGGCAGGUCAAUUGCUGUCUUACCUUGUGUCUCUUGUACAUCUGGUAUUCGCUUUAAAAUUACAUGAAGUGUAAUGUGUAUUACACUUGUAAUUACAGUUGUAAUACUCAUUAAUAGUGUUUAUUGCAAUUGUAAUAUACAAUUGUUAUUACACACUGCUAACUAAGGUGUGAAAUAAUUGAUAUUAUAUUUUUGGUUUGUCAUGAAAUUCUACCAUAAUUUAAAGUUUUGCAAUGUUUUAUUAUGCCAGUAUUUCGUAGUCUAUAUAGCUAUAGCACCAACUAAAUAGUAUUAUGCUUGCAAAAUAGGACAACAUUGGAAAGUUGCCUAAAAUGUAUUGCAAAUUUAGUAUUAUGCCGAAUAAGUAUUGGGGAAAUCAUAUUCUGUCUAACAAGCAGAAAUACAGCAAAACUAGUCUACUAUUUAACAACUAUAGUAGGACUGUUUGUUGGCAAAUACUACUAUUUACAUUUAUUGUUUAACAUAUGUAUUCGAACUGGUUUGAAUUGUAAUAAUGCAAGUAUAAGGAAAUAGUGUAGCAAGCAAUCUUUGCACAUUUAGUGUUGAACUUAGAACAUAUGGCAAUAUUUGUGUUCUGCCCACCGAGUAUUGAAAAAUAGACGUUGUGCAUAGCACGCAUGUCAAAAUUUACAUUGUCUGUGUCUAGCAAACGUUACCAAAAUUGGUACAUAAAAAACAUAAAAUUGUUAUAUUGUGCUGCGAGCGUGACAGUGUAUAUUGUGUCGAGCAACUAUGAAAAUGUUGUAUCAAUCAACUUUGACAAAAUUUGUAGUGCGCCUAGUACUUAGCCAGUAUGACACCAUUUAUAUCAUGUUUAGUAAGCAUAGAACAAUUAUAUUGUGACAAGCGCUCAGAUGUGGCAAAAUUGGUAUUGUUCAAGUUUGAGAAAAUUCCCUUUGCAAUAGGGAAAGUGAAUUAAACCGGAAAAGGAGAACGUAAAUCUUAAUGUACCCAACAAGAAUAUAAACAUUUAUCUUGCCUUUAACGAGCGUGGCAACAGUUGUGUUAUUCCUAACAAGUAUGACAGUGUUAGUAUUGUGUGUAGAAAUGCGGUGUAACUGGUGUAUUCGCAUCGAAACUGUGGCAGACAUGGUAUUCGUGAUGACCUUGAUCGGUAUAAUCGUAUAUUCAUCAAUAUGCUAAUAGAGCGCAAGGCCAAGUGCUAAUAGCUGUGCUUUGGAACAAUUAGAUUGAUAGCAAGCGAGCGUUCUCAUGGUUGUGGGGUGUCUUCUUGAAAUUUCAGGGUACCUAAUUUGUGAUUGCAUAUUCGUUUACCUCGGCUGGUUCUGUAGGUUAGGAACCUUCUCUAUAAAUCAGGGAGAAAAAUUAGGGAGUUUAGAAAAAUCUAUAUUUAUACACCGCUAGAAAGCGAAAUUAUUUUCAUUUAUUUUCAUUAAAGUCCAAUAAACCAAACCGGUUAGUUUUUUUUUCUAAAAACAAAAAACAAACGCGUGAUUCUUCCUAAACUAUUGCCAGCUUCGAAGGUGAAAUAUUGUGGUAUUGCUAUAUUUAAGAUCUAGCGGCAUAUUAUUUUAGUAGCUAUGCACAGAAGUACUAUUAUCGCAUUCUACUAUGCGCUUCAUUUCAUCUUCGUCAGCCUGAUCGAUUUCUUGUGGGUUUAUUGGAUUUUUACAGAUGUGUGCAUGUGUGGUUGCUAGCUAGGUGUUCAAUAGCUAUUGUUCUAAGUGUGCGUGCAUGUGCGUACGUCGGAUGAAUAUUCAACUCUUAUUUCACAAUCUAUAGUGUUACUAAAAUUUUGACAGGAUUAUGAA